AUGUCUUCCGUGGAGCCCGAGUAUGACUCUGCUUCGCCAAUGGGCGGAGACCCUUUGACGACGAAUGUCAACGAUCAGUACUUCGGCUACGAGUUCCAUUUCGUGUACCUCGCCGUCUGCACAUUUCUUGUCUGGCUCAUCAUCCCCGGCAUUGGCUUGCUGUACUCCGGACUGGCACGUCGCAAGAGUAGCCUGAGCUUGAUAUUCCAGAGCUUGAGUGUCAUCGCCGUCGUCACUUUCCAAUGGAUGUUCUGGGGCUACUCUCUCGCCUACUCGCGCACAAGCAGUGCAUUUAUCGGCGACUUGAGUAAUUUCGGCCUCAUGAAUGUCCGCGUUGCGCCUACCGGUGUCCUCCCAGAAGUCAUCUUCGUAUUCUACCAACUCCUCUUCUGCGCUGCAACUGUGGAGCUUGUCAUCGGAGGCUCGUUCGAACGUGGAAGGAUCUUACCAUCGCUGCUGUUCAGCUUUAUCUGGGCCACAAUUGUCUAUUGCCCAAUCGCCUCCUGGACGUGGAACAGUAAUGGAUGGCUUUACAAACUCGGCGAACUCGACUUUGCCGGUGGCGGUCCUGUCCACAUUGCGUCUGGAUGUGCAAGUUUGGCAUAUGCCCUUGUGCUAGGCAAGAGGAAAUCCAAGACUGAGCCAGGCCAUUCUAAGCCCCACAACAUGACUCUGGUAUUCCUUGGUACGAUACUGAUUUGGUUCGGAUGGUUCGGAUUCAAUGGCGGCUCGACUUUGACCUCCUCUGUUCGCUCCCUCUAUGCCGUCUUCAACACCAAUGUGGCUGCCAGCUUCGGUAUCAUCGGCUGGGUCAUGGUCGACCUGAUCCGCAACAAAGGCAAAUUCAGCUGCGUUGGCGCCUGCGAAGGAGCAAUCGCCGGCCUCGUCGGCAUCACACCAGCCGCAGGCUUCGUACAUUUCUGGCUCGCAGCAGUCAUAGGUUUCAUUACAGGCGUCGUCUGCUCCUCUCUCCAAAACCUCAGCGAAUGGAUCCACAUCGACGAAGGUCUCGACGUCUUCAAACUCCACGGUAUCGGCGGCAUGGUCGGCUCUUUCCUCACAGGAAUCUUCGCCGACCGAGUCAUCGGAUCACUCGAGGAACCAGAAUACCUCAGUGAUGGUGGAGCGAUCAAUGGCCAUGGUGUUCAGAUCGGAUAUCAGCUUGCUGGAAUUGUGGCCGUCUCGGCAUACAGCUUCGUUGUCACGUCGAUAAUCCUGAUCGUGCUCAAGUACAUUCCUGGCUUGGGACUCAGGGUGUCUGAGGAGGCUGAGAUUCGUGGUCUGGAUCUUGAUCAGUUCGCUGACGAGGAGAUCGGUGAUUGGUCUUUCUUCCAUGAGAACGAGGCCAAGUUUAUUGCUGGUGUCAAUCCAAGCACGGCACCCAGCAUCUCCAAGGAGAGGGAUGCAAGCUCUGAUCGCGCUGCAGAGAGGAAGGUACAGACUCAAAUCUAG